GACUGCCGGAAAUUGAAAAAAGAAGAAGAAGAAACCAAAGAAGAGGAAAGAGACAAAGAAAACGAAACAAGUUGGCGUUUUUGAUAGUGAAUACGUUUUUAUGUUUAGUCAUUAAUGUUUUGCAUUCCUAAUCAGUGCGUACAGUCGUGCAUUAUUUUAUAAUUGUUUGAGUCCGGAUACAUUAGUGUAAGGGACUUUGCCUUUUAUUAGACUAGCUUAGCUUGCUAGCUGCUAAUACAAAGACUUAAGAAACACAUCAUCGCUAAGAAGAGAUAAAGUGCGAGUUUAAAGUGUUUUUAUCGUGUGAAAAUGUGCGAAAGAGAGAUGGCAAAGUACGAGGAGGAACUUUGUCCAACCAAAGAGGAGAAGGAGCGGCAACAUCAACGACUCGACGCCGUUUUCAAGACGCAUGGCGUUGGUUCGUCAGACAUCCAGCAGCCCCUUCACAUUAAAGAGGAACCGGAGGAACCACAACCCCCCCACAUUAAAGAAGAGGGAGACCUGUGGACCACUCAGGAGGGAGAGGGUCUUCCAGGACAGGAGGAGGCUGAGAUCACCAAGUUUCCACUGACUGUUGUCUCUGUGAAGACUGAAGACCAUGAAGACAAACCACCUGAGUCCUCACAGCCCCACAGCUUCAACCAGGACGCUCAGCAGCCCGCCCACAUUAAGAAGGAAGAGGAGGAACCACGGCACCCCCACAUUAAAGAGGAAGAGGAGGAAUGUCGUACCACUCAUCUCACCAAGUUCCCACCGACUGUAGUCUCUGUGAAGACUGAAGAGCAUGAAGACAAACCACCUGAGUCCUCACAGCUUCAUCACAGUCCAGACAUCAGUGACCAACAUGGUGCCUUUGAGCAGCAGAAGUGGAACUGUAAGGGGGAGCAGGAGGAGCCACAGCCCCUUCACUUUAAAGAGGAGGAAGAAGAGCACAGCAUCAGUCGGGAGGGAGAGAAGCCUGAAUGGUUGGAGGAGUUCCCAGUGAUUAGUGUCAUUGUGAAGGGUGAAGAUGACGAGGUCAAAGGUGAAAGUGAGGAGAAGAGAGAGGCGGAGCCUCCGAGCAGCAGCUCAACACAACACAUGACAACAGAAGCUGGCGGAUCACAAGCAGACAAGCUCUUGGCUCCACUAUCAGAUAGUGAGGACACAACGUCACACUCUCCCGACACUGACGAUGAAGACUCUAAAGAUGACGACAACAAACACUGGAAGUGCUUCCGGUGCGACAAAACCUUCGGGUUCAAGAAAACUCUGAUGGCACACGUGAAGUCUCACGGCAGCAGAAACUGGAAAUGCUUUCAGUGUGGCAGAGCUUUCACCUGCAAGUCCGCUUUGGAAGAGCACAUGGGAGAGAAACCGUACAUCUGCUCAGUUUGUCGCCAGGCGUUCACCCGGAAGGACGCUUUAAAAGCACACGUGAGCACGCACAGCGAGGAGAAACCCUUCGUUUGCUCAUUUUGCGAUAAACGAUUCUCCCGUAAGGGAGAGAUGACGAGACACAGUCGAACGCACACCGGAGAGAAACCUUUCUGCUGUUCAGUCUGCGGCGUCGGUUUCAGACGAAGUCAACAUCUGAAAAUACACAUGCGGAUUCACACUGGGGAUAAACCUUUUAUCUGUUCAAUCUGCAACAAGAGCUUUUAUGAACGAGCCAACCUCGUAAGGCACACAAGAAUACACACAGGAGAGAAACCUAUUUCCUGUUUAGUCUGCGGCAAAGGCUUUAACGCCAAUCAAAAUUUGAAAAUACACAUGAAAACGCACACCGGAGAAAAACCUUUCACGUGCUCCGACUGCAACAAAAGCUUCAGUGAACGAACGAAUCUCCUAAGACACAUGAGGACUCUUACUUGUAAGAAAGUGUUGAGUUGCACCGCGUGCGACGAAAGAUUCGCUUACAAGUACCAGCUGAAGAAACACACGUGCGCUGGUGAGAACAGCAGCAGCAAAUGAAGCGGCAGGGUUUAUUUUGUCACUCGAUUGACAUUCACGGCACCCGAGGGUCCUGUGGGAUGACGCCGGCUGCUGCCAGCUCAUUAUUAAGAAAAAAUGACCGACAGGAAGGCGAGAAACAUUUGUACAAACCCCGUUUCCAUAUGAGUUGGGAAAUUGUGUUAGAUGUAAAUAUAAACGGAAUACAAUGAUUUGCAAAUAAUUUUCAACCCAUAUUCAGUUGAAUAUGCUACAAAGCAGCCCCUCCCCUCUCCCCUCCCACACACAACACAGGAGUUGCAGCACGACUGCAGCACGAUAAGUUUACUGGCGACGCUUGAUGACCUCAUCAAACCGCCGCGAGCGCAGCAUAACAACAACAAGAGUGUAUUGUUGCCGGUGCUGUAGCCGUGGCUAACAAGCGAGCUCGCUCGGUGACUGACUAACGACACCAUGUCUAUGGUUUGGGAUUAUUUUAAAGUGUGUCUGACGGAUAAAAAACUGGCAAUUUGCAAUGACUGCAAAAAGUUGGUUAUGCGAGGAGGAACCAAGACGUCUUCCUUUAAUACGAGCAAUUAGAUCUCCCACCUCUUCAAGAAUCAUAAGGAGAUACACGAUGAAUACAAGCGGAAGAUGGAUGAAAAGCAAACACUGAAAAAAAGUAGUCUUUAAGUUGUCGCUUAAAGACUCCACCAAGUAAAAACAAAAAUACAACAAAAAACACCCCAAGGCGAAAGCUCACGUUGUGGUCAGGGACAACGCACGCAGUAUGGCAAAAGCUACGGUGGAGUUCAUACUUGCCAACCCUCCCGGAUUUUCCGGGAGA